AUGAGCGGUACAGGAGGCACAGGGUCAGGCCCUCUGGGCGCUGGAGCCGGCGGCGUCCGCGGAGGUUCCAAGUCUUCGGCGCCGAGGCCUGUGAAAAUCGCUGCAGUGUCUCUGAUUGAUUUGAAGGAGCAAGCAGGCAAGGCUCCGACUCCGAGUCGAGGGUGGGGUGUCGUUCCGCAGCCAGCUACGUCUGUCGAAGGGUCGGGCGUGUCCUCGUCGCUCUUCCCCCCGGUGAGUGCGUUGAAGCAGCAGUUCCACCCGUCCCAGAGCGGCCAGGCGAACACGACAGGCGGACGCGCGUCUCUGUCCAGCCUGGCGCGAACUGUGCGCGGUGUACCUACAUCUAAGGAGAAGUCGGAGGGAAAGACCAAAGGCGACGGCGAGAAGGAGGGGACCCAGACUGCUGGUCUUGGCCAGCGCGACGUAGCGGGCGAAGAAAGUGAACAGAAUGAGGAUGCCGCCGCGAAAGGACGGGGAAGCUCUGGCGCCGAGUCCGGCGACAGCACCACUCUCGAAAAGCCGGCGGAGCCGCAACAGUCUGGAGGGUCUGUGCCGAACGGCCCAGGCGCGGGGGGCUCUUCCUCUGGAGAGAAAAGCGGUGAGGGAGAGACGGAAACGAGUCAAAAGGGUGACAGUGAGAAGGCCAAAGGAGAUGAGGCGCGCCAGGACACUCCGCAGUCCAGCGGGGCUGCACGAAGUGGCCGAGAAGAAGACGGAAUUGCGGCCCCGGGAGCGGCAAUCUCUCUCUCCAAGUUAAUCACGGCUUCGAAAAAAGUUGGAAUCAGCGUGAGCGUUCGAGGCCGAGCGGUCAACACCGCUGCAGGAACUGUCAAGUCUUCAGGCUCCGCGUGGAAAAGCGGCGUCUCUGCGGCUGCGUCUUCCUCUGGAGCUUCGGCGUCGACGCCCUUUUUCGCCGGGGCUGCUUCGUCGGCAGGUCCCUCCUCUCUGUACGCUGCGCGCGCGGCUGGCGCCGCCCCGCCGACGGGGCCGGUGGACGACGAGGCGUUUCCGGACCUGAUGAAGAGUGCCGAGCAGGUGAAGCUCGAGGCGCAGAAGGAGAAGGAUCGGCAGAAGCGGACGAAGGAGGCGCUGCGCCGCGCGGAGAAAGGGGACGAGAACGGGACGAGCGCGCAGCCGCAGGCGCGUCGCCUGGGGCUCCAGGAGCUCUUCGAUUUGACGGAGGGGGGCGCGCUGUCGGGCCUUGCGGACAAGUCAGGAGACAAGGAGACUGGGGCGGCGCGUCCGAUCCGCGUCCAACGGCGCUGGGCGGAUGAAGAGCCCGAGGAAGAGGAGGACUUUCUCCAGAGCGGCGAGGGCGACAAGGGCCCGUUCUACCCGGAAUUUGGAGAUGGCCGCCGAGACCCAGUGUUUGGGAAGGCGCACUUCAGCCCGCUGCCCCACUUUGUACUCCCCGGCAUGGAAGGCACAGUCGUCGCAGGCUACCUCUCCUUCAUGUCUCUCGGCCAGCGCGUGCCGCCGCCGGCGCCGCCCCCCAUGGAGCCCCCCGCGCCUCCACACGCGCCUGUCGGGCCCGCAGGCUCGCACUUCCGCACAAACGCGUUCUACAAUCUUCCGGGCGCUGGCGCGUUCGGCGAGAGCGGGCCCCAGCCGUCCUUGUUGCAGGAGAAAAACUGGCGCCGCCAGUCGCCUGCCCCCGACGGCUCUGCGGGCUCGCUACUCCCCACGAACGCCUUCCAGGGCGGCGCCCCUGGGCGAAUCCACCUCCUUCAGAGGGGCGCCGGAAACAGCGAGGGCCAGCAUCGGACUCUGCCGCCGCCGGGGGCGGUCGGGCAGAGCCCAGGGCAACGGAUGGGUCCGGGCGUCGAGGGCGCGCCCCAGAGAGGUCCCUUCGUCGUCACGGAUGCAGACUUGGAGAGACAGCGCGAGCUGGCGAGGCAGAAGGCGGAGGAGAAGAAGAGAGAGGAAGAGGAACGCGAGCGCGCGCAGAAGGAACGGGCAAACAAGAAGCUGCAGGAGUUGGAUGAGCGCCUCGCGCGCACCAGGGAGAACCAGGGCGUCGAGCAAGGCGGGGCGAGCCCGAGCGGCGGGGGCCAGAAAGGCCCUGAGUCGGAUCUGGCGGGGUCGCCGGCGUUGGGGCGCUUGGUGAAAGGCCAGGGGGCGAGUCUGCAAGGGCGCGGCGGCGCCCGAGGCCCCGGGACGGGACCGCGUGGCACCUCGGGCGUCGGUGACGAGAGAGAGGACGAAGACUGGCGGCGGCCGAGCCCGCCAGGAGUGUCGCCUCCGUCGGGGCCUGUGUCCGGGCGCAAGUCCCCGCGAGGCGCCGGCGCCGCGGGCGUAGAGUCGCCGUUCCCGCCUGCAGUUCCUCGGAAUCCGCCGCCUCCGCCGCCUCUCGCGGCGCCUGCGAGAGGGAGACACGAGGGGGUACAGAAGUCGCUUCUCGGGGCUGGGAAGAACCUCCAUCACCACCAAGGCUCCGGCGACCCUUCGGGGCCUCUUCUCGGCGCCAACCCGCUCAUCGGCGGCGCAGACCUGCAUGCGGGCCACAUGAAGAAGGGCGGGAUGAAGGGCGAGCCAGGUGAAAACGACGGGAUGUUUCAGGCGGGCCUUUUGGGCGCAAAGUCCCACCAACCGCCCCCGCCGCCCCCUGCGACUGCGGCGCUGGGCGGGCGCGGCCCGACCGGCAAGGGCCUGGCAGGCGUCGGGGCUGCGCUGGGAGAGCGAGACGGUCUGCGCCUCCACGGGCGCCAGGGGGUCCAGGGCCCUGUGGGACUGGAUGCAGGCCUGGGCUCGCGGGUCGUGAACGGUGACGAGGCGCUGCCGCCGUUGCUGGCCGAACGCGGGGCGAGAGGAGGCGCGCAGUUCGGCGUGCCGCUGCUCCAGGGGAGGCAAGGAGCCCGAGACGAAGAUGCAAGGCCGGGGUUCCAAGGAAGGAAACCGGCCGCAGGCGCGAGUGAGCGCGCGGGGCCGGACAGUGAACUCGAGGGCGCAGACUUUGAACGGAGACAGGCCGUCGGCGCCGCGCGCCCGCGAUACAGAUUCGGCGCUCUGGUGAAUCAGCACUUGGAGGAGAGACAGAAGGAAGAGGAAGAAGUCCGCCGGGGCUCCCAUGGGGCAGACCCGGCAGGGGGCCAGGGCGCGGCCAGUCAGCGCGAGAAGAGCGUCAGAGGGGAGCGAGGCUCUGCGUCGCAGCAGUCAGGUGGUGCCGUCACUGCGGACCACAGCCGAAGUCAAAGUGUGCGGAGACGCGGCGAAGCCGGUGCGGGUCCAGACUCUGGGACCUGGCGCCAGGCCCCGCGUCAAGUCAACGGCGUUGCAGGCGGCCAGGGCGCGACGCCCUCGGCGACCGAGCCCGCGUUAGGACCGGAAGGAGACGGAGACGCCGCGCGUCAGCCAGGCAGAGACAGAGGACUUCAGGGCGACGGGCCGGGACAGAGAGGCCGGGGAACGAAGCGCGAUGCGCCUGGAGUCGCCAGUCAGCCGCUUCUUCCCGACGGGUCUCCCGCGUCAGGGGCGUCUUCGGGGCCUCAGAAGCAUCUCCCUCGCGGCAUGUUGCCUUUCCCCUCCCCUCUGCGCGGAGGGCCCCAGACGAAUGGCUCGGCAGGCGGAGGCGCGUCUCCGGCGACUGAGAAGGUCGAGGGCCAUGGGCCGUUUGCGGCGCGCGAACGGGGUGGCCGGGGCGCAAAGCAGGCGACGAGCCCAAGCAGAGAAAACUGGCGGGCCGAGAAGGCCCCAGUCGCCGCCGGCGGGGUCUCUGAGGACGGUGCCCGCCCUGCGUCGAGUGGCGGGAGAAGCGGCCGCGACGACGACAGAGCCGCCGGACUGGUUUCCGGGGUGCGAAAUCCGGGUCAGCAGUAUGUCCACGGGUCCUACGCUCGCCCCGCAAAUCCUCAGCCCGAGCCUGCCGCGUUUUUGCAGGGCGCUGAGAGAGGCGCCAGCCAGGGAGGAUCUCAGCAGCCGCCCCUCAUCGCCAAUGCGCCUCUUCUGUCGUUUGCACCCUCCGCGCCGGGCGGGCUCGAGGCAGGGCGCGACUUGGCCGCGAAAGGCUACGCAGCCGGCGCGGCUGCCUCUGCUCAGGGCGGCGUAGGCUCGAGUGCGUCGAGAGGCGCAGGGGAGACCAAGCUCGGAGGCAGUUCCCAGGCUGUGGCGCCGUCGGGCGCGUUGCCGGAGAGCGCGGCGGCUGCCGGGCCUCAUGCCUCGUCUGCCCAGCCGUUGGCGGCGAGUGGCGGGAGCGGAGACCUCUCGUUCAAGGCUCUGCUCUCCACGCGCCCCGCCCCGACCGUGCUCGUCGCGACGCACCACUCGACCAAGAGCGAGGACGGACCGGCUCCGGCUUUCAACGCUGGAGGCGUAGCCGGCUCGGAGGGACCCGGGCACUCCGGCGCCGCAGAGGGUGCGCUGCACAGCACAGCCGGCGACAAAACGCGGGGCCCAGGGUCGGCAGGCGUCCUCGGCGACACGCCGUAUCAGGGGGACGACGGAGACAGGGCGGUCAGAGGGCCUGGCAGGGCCUUCCUGGAAGGCGACGAGCGAGGCAAGGACCGGGCGCGGAAGGGCGAGAGAGGCAGUGCGUUUCUCGGGGGCCGGGGGGGAAGUGGGUCGGGAGGAGACAGUGCAGGGGCGGUCUCUCAACCGGCCGGCAGGGCGGGCGCAGGCGCGCAACACGCCGAAGCUGGCGCGGAGGGCGCAGCUGCCUCUGGUGCGGGCCAUGCGCCGGCGCACAGAGGCCAGGCAGACCGACAAGCGCAUGCAAAGCCGGAGGACGGCGAGCGAGGCGGAGCCGCGCGAAAUCUCGGAACGUAUCGGAAAGCCGGCGGCGGUGCCGACGGGCCUCACCGUGCGUGGGGCGUGGAGAAGCCGGGAAAGGCCCUGACGAGCAAGGAACGAGAUGAAGAGGAGAAUCGAGCUUCCGCCACGGAGGCUGAGCGCACAGGGGCCUCGGGAGGGAGGCGCAACCAACCACCCUUCGGAGAAGGCGAACAGGAGGACUCGGGCGCCGGCGUCGGACGGAGCGCGGGCACCGGCCCGCACUCCAGGACUCAGCGAGGGGGAGACAGUCGUCAAGGAGAGGAGCCGGCGCAUGCAGGCGAGGGCGGUAACGCGAUGUCUGGAGGGCGAGGAGGUCGUGGAGGCGCUGCUUCGUCUGGAGGCAGAGAUGGGACACGCCGAUCGGCCGGUGGCCGUGGAGCCACAGAGGCGGUCCGCAGCCAGGGCGCGGGUGUUUCCGCGGAGACCGGGAGGGCGCCGUCGCCUGGAGGCGCCGCUGGCGACCAGAACGCAGGCAACGCGGGGUACCCGAAAGGAAGAGAUCAGGGUCUGCUGGCUUCUCGUGGCGGAAAGGGAGGCAGAGGGGGGAUGCGCGGAGGCGCCGCGAGCGGUCGGGGCAGCGUGUAUGGAGGCGGGGAAAAAGCAGAGACAGGAGCCGGACUGGGCGCGUCGAAUACGCAGACAGAGCUGCCAGCGCCCGAGGACGGGUCUCACCGUCACCGGGGCCAAGGAGGAGGCCCGCGCGGGGCAGCGUCUCGCCAGGCUGCGCCGGGAGGCGCAGGGACGGAGAGGGGCGAGCGAGAACCUGGCGCGCCCUCCGGAGUCGUAGGCAGCCGAGGGCCGGCGACGGCUGCUGCGGCGAGCGGAAGAGACAGGGCGGGCGGCACCAGCGGAGCGGUCUGGCUUCCCAAGGGGGCGAAAAAGGUCAGGGACGACACUGGCUCGGCUCCAGGAACGACGGAGGGCGGCGCAGGAGCGAAGAGAGGCGAGGGCAGUGCUCAGCCUGCCGGAGGCAGGGGGACCUUGGACGCGCGCCAGGGAAGAGUUUCGCCCGCUUCCGGGGCCUCGUCGGGUGCAGGCGGUGAGGGCCAUGGUGAUGCUGCGCCCCACAGCCAUCCGAAAGCCUCCGGUCGACGGGACAGCCGAAACAGCGGCGGAGCCGCGCCGCCCGCCAUGGUUGAGGCCCUGUUGACGCGGGUCAAUGGCGCCUUAUCGGUCGGCGCGGGUCUCGUCUGUGUCCGGCAAGAAGACCACCAAGAGGACACCAGUGCAGCCGACGACGAGGGCUUUCAGCUGGUGAAGAGCAAGCGCAGAGAGCAGCAAGAGAAGCGCAAAAAGACCGAACACAAGCAGCGAGGCUCCGACAGAGGCGCGGCUGUGAAGGCUGCGCCUCCCAGCAGCAACGCUGGCGCUGUCGGCGCCGCGCGGUCCAACGCGCGCCGGGAAAAGGGACAGCCAGGCGCCGUGUCAUCGGGCGUGGCCGGGUCCGGGGGCGAUGCCCAGGUGUCGGCUUCGGGCACCAAAGAGGCGAUCUCUGUGGCGGGCUCUACGGCCCCGAAGGGCGAGGGUCUGGGCCCUGGUGCCUCGCCCCGCGACCAAGGCGCCGCCGGGGUUGAAGGGACAGAGCAAGAAGUUGCCUCUGGCGGCCGAGGCCCGAGACACGAGGGCGGAGGAAGAAGACCGUCUGCCUCUCCGCGAGGUGGGGGACGCGGCGGGGCGCAGCACCAGAGGGGCGAGGGCCGGAAAGAUGUCGGCAAAGGUGGCGUGCGGUCGGAGGGAGGCCUGACUGCCUCGUCGACGAUGGAUAUCCCCACAGUCUCGUCGGAUGUGGCGCCGGCCCUGGAGGACCAGUACCGGUCUCGGCAGCGAGGUCAGGAGGAAGCCAAGGCCGACGAAGGGGACACCUCCGAGAAGAAGGAAGCGGUCUCUGCGUCGGGUCUCCUUCCUCUCCCUGGAGUUGGCUCGCGAGGAGGCAGCCGCGCACCUCAGCGUGGAAAACACGCCCAAGAAUCUGGAGACCAGGCCUACGGCGCCGGGGAAGGGAAAGGCGGCGGCUCCGGGUUUUCGGUUGGAGGCCCAGGCGGUGGGAGCGCCCGCGACGACGGGGGCCAUCGAGUGAAUGAGAAAGGAAGGGAGCGAAGAGGCUCGACAGGCAAAGCGACGGACCGACGCGUUGGCGGCCACAUUGAGGAUCCGAAGCGACGCCAGGACAGUCCGGUCGAGCUGGAAGGCCAGGGUCCCCAGGGCUCUCACACCGCCCCGUCGAGUCUCGCAGAUCCGUGGUACAGCGCUUCUCAGGGACUGGACGCCGCGAACGCCAUGUCCCAAAGGCUGUCGUCAGACCCGGCGCAGGCGGCGCUGUCCGACCCGCAAGGUGCGGGCCUCAUGAUCCCUGCGGGUCACCAGGGGAACUCGGGGAACCCGGGCGACCGCGACCGCGCAGGAGCGUCUCCCUCUGCAGGGCCGGCGCCUGCCGCCCCCGCAUAUUCCCUGUGGUCCUCGAAUUUCAACCAGCCAGUCACGUCGUCCUCGCGCGUCGCCCCGGAGACAAUCGCCGCUAUCUGGGCCCGCGACGCCGGCUCCGCCGGUGCGACCGCGGUCGGAGGCGCCGCGAGAGGAGCCAGGAUCCCGGGCGGUCCUGGGGGGGCUCCAGAUAUGGCGGGACUCGCGCACCACCCGAUGACGCCAGUCGGCAUGCCGCUCUCGCCACACCAAGGCGCCCCCGGCGCCCCGUUCCAUGCAGGCGGUCAACCUGGCCCUUUGGGUCCCCUGCACUUCCAGUGUCCACCGAUCCACCCCUCGCUCCAAGCAGGCGCGCGGGGGGCGUCUGCAGCGCCGGGGUCUGACGGCUCGGCCUCGCUGUGCGCGUCGCAGCCUCAGCUCCUCGGCCAUGGCGCUUCUUCGCACCGCGUCCCUCCCUCCCACCUUCUCCACGCCUCGCAGCAUCUCAUGCAUGCGCCAGGCGCGCCGAACACGACUUUGUUUCAACCGGGAUGCUACGGAACUCCGGGCGGAGCUACACUGCCGCCGGGGGCGCCUCGCAUGCCUGCGCAGCGCAAUGUGAGCGCGUCGUUGACGGGGAAUCCGCAGUCGCUGUCGAAGAAUGAGAUAUUGGCGCCGCCUUUGCUUCCCGGUGCGGCGGCUCAGGGCCUCGUCACGCUCCCUCCGGGCCAAGGCAGCGGAUCGUCUGGGCCUUCGAACACGUCGCCGAGGCUCGAUCUGUAUGACCCGCGCAACCCUCUGUCGGGGCCGUCGUUCUCGCCUGUUCCGCCUGCGGUGUCGGCUCCAGGCGCCCACCCCGGAGUUGUCGCUGGGGGCCAUUCUUCUUCCUACGUGAUGUCCGACGGACACCAUCUGCUCCCGGGCUUUGCACAUCCGCAAGCUCCUGCGUUCUCGGCCUCUCUGGCCCACGAGGCUCCCGCCUCGGCCCCUGGCGCGCCUGGGAGCGGCCGCGCCGCGUCGGGCGGUCAGGGGCUCUGGGUUCCCGGAGUCCCCGGCGCCGCGCAGGCGGGUCCCGCCUUUGUCACGCCUGCACCAGGUCCCCACCAGCAAGGCCGCAGCCACAACCUCGGACGCGGAAGCGACAUGUUCUCGCCGCAGGGAUUUGGGGCCAUCAUGCCGUCGCAACCCGGCGGUCGGAAUGGACAGAGGUUCGGCGUGAUGGGCGGAGGCGGACAGCCGGGCGCCGGGGCCCCGGGAGGGGGCGAGUUCUACAUGUGA